CGAUACUAGAUGAUCCGAAAAUUGCAGAAUAAUGAAGCAGUUAUAUAGACGUUCCUUGAGCUUUGGUUGGCCGGUAUCAAUGGCGUCUUUAGAAAUCAAAAUCGUAAAAAGGUAGACAAAGGUCAGGGCUCUAGGUAUCAUAGAUGAUGAGAGCAACUCGGAAGGCCGGACCCCCGGGACCGUAGCGCCGAGGGGGGAUGCGAUAGAUCUGGCAAAUCAGGAUCGCAGAUUCAAUUAGAAGGUACGAGAUGGAACUGUGACCACUGUAACCAUUAACCUUCACAGCCUUCAACAGGUACCGUACUGUGGCGGAAGCUCUACUGUUUCAGCCACAUUUACCCCAUGGUACCUGACUUCACGUAUCCACCAUAGGCCUGUUUAAUCCUGUUAAUUGGUUGAUUUUGUUGUUGAUGUGAACUUGUCAACUUUUUGAAGCUUUCGUGUCCCUUUACUCGUAAUUCCCGGGACCCAUUAUUUCGAUGAUUGAAGAGUAACUCAACACUUCACCACCUUCCAACACAAAUCCCACGGCUACUACCACCGGAAGUGCUCGAUUUAGAUUAGGUAUAACCACGAUGGCGCCUAAAAAGUCCGCCGCUGCUGCUUCCAAUCCUGCGCCUGCGCCCGCGCCAACCACGUCAACGACCACUACCACUACUACUACUACUAAUACAGCUCCCAGCGUUGCCGUAGCCAAGCCUAGCGCUAGCGAUCCUCAGUCGAUCAACCAGGUAUCAUGGAACAUAGUCGAGCACUACCAGAAGACGACGCCCCAACGCACCAAGCUACUUGACGUGUUCAUGGCGUUCCUAGUCGUCGUCGGUGGUCUCCAAUUUGCGUACUGUAUUCUGGCAGGCAAUUACCCAUUCAACGCUUUUCUUUCGGGCUUCUCGGCGACAGUUGGUCAGUUCGUCCUCACUGCGUCCCUACGUAUACAAACCACGGAAGCGAACAAGGCAGAAUUCCCUUCGGUGUCGCCAGAGAGGGCAUUUGCAGAUUAUGUCGUCGGCAGCUUGAUUCUGCAUUUUUUCUGCGUCAACUUCAUAAACUAAGCGAGCCACGUCGGAAGGGAUAUAUGGAGGGUAGUAAGGAAACCCAAUGGUUUCCGGGUUCCUCUUACGAAGGGGGAAGUCUCUGUAUCAAGAGACACACUACGGG